AUGGUAUUCCCUCGAUCUGUUUUGGUGACUGGUGCAAAUCGUGGAAUCGGAUUAGGAUUAGUUCAACAAUUUUUAAAACAUCCUGAAGUUGAAAUAAUUAUUGCAACUGCACGGGAUGUUUCUAAAGCAACGGAAUUGAAUACAAUCAAAGAUCCACGACUUCAUAUUCUGCCAUUGACUGUGACUUGCGAUAAAUCAAUUGAUAAUUUAGUUGAAGAAGUCGUGAAAAUAGUUGGUGAACAAGGUUUGAAUUUAUUGGUCAAUAAUGCUGGAAUUGCUGUCAAUUAUGGUACUAAAGUGGUCAGUUUAGAAAUGGUGUUUUUUGAAUUUCAGCGGAAUUCAAACAAAAAAAAAUUUUUCAGGAAAUUUCCCGAGCCAAACUUCACGAACAACUCGAUGUUAAUUCUAUCAGCGUGGUCCUAGUUUCUCAAAAAUUCUUACCACUUUUACAAAAAGGCGGUGCCAAAAGCACAGCUCCUGAUUUCACUGUCGGAAAAUCCGCCAUUCUCACAAUUUCCAGUGGAUUAGGAUCAAUUGGAGCAAAUGCAAUAGGAUCCAAAACAAUUAUCGGAUUCCAAUCAUUAGCCUAUAGAAUGAGCAAGGUAAUUAGUUAAUUAAUUGUGAAAUUGCUUAAAUUCGUGUGAUUCCAGAGCGCUGUGAAUCAAUUCAAUCGAACAAUUGCUGUGGAUUUGGAAUCUGAUGGUGUUUUGGCUGUUGCAUUUUGUCCCGGAUGGGUGCAAACUGAUUUGGGAUCCGCAAAAGCUGAACUCACCGUGGAACAAUCAACUUCAGCUUUGGUUGACAGUUUCAGUAAAUUGAACAAAGAACAUAAUGGUGGAUUUUUAAAUAGAAAAUUGGAAGUCAUUCCAUUUUAA